AUUGAAGAUGUCGCGUGUGUAUGUUGGUAAUCUGGAUCCAAGGGUCAGUGAGCGAGAAAUUGAGGAUGAAUUCCGCACUUUCGGUGUCAUCCGCAAUGUGUGGGUUGCAAGACGCCCUCCUGGCUAUGCUAUUGUUGAUUUUGAUGACAGACGAGAUGCUCAGGAUGCCAUCCGCGAACUCGAUGGUAAGAAUGGUUGGAGAGUAGGAAUGUCUCACAACUCUAGAGGAUCAGGUAGUGGCAGCGGUGGCGGAGGGCUUGGUGGAGGUCGUGGUUGCCCUGGUGGUUUUGAUUUGAAAUGCUACCAGUGUGGUGACGUUGGCCACUUUGCUCGUGAGUGCCGUGGCGGCGGCAGUGGUGGCCAAUUUUGGGACGACUACACAUGGUCUAAGUUCCAUUUAUCAAACCAGAAAGAAACGAGUAAAUCUGUUUUAGGCUGGCUAAACGGCAACAUAUUGGCGAUGGACGGAUCGGAUCGGAUCGAAUAA